AAGUCCCUCUCGCUCGACCACCGGGUGACUAUCUACCAAUCGCAAAGUCUGUGGUUUGUGGUCCGCCGCCACUUCGCUCCUCGCCCGUCGAAAGGCGAGCGACGCUCUAGGCUGCCUUGUGUUGCUCCUCGCUGCUCCCGGCGGUCUCCGACCCGGGCUGGACUUGGGCAAAGGGACGCGGCGGCGGCGGCUUCCGUCAUUUCUGUCCCGCGCCGCGCCUGGACGGUGCCGCAAGUAUUGACCUCUCAGGCUUCCCCCUAUCCAAGCCCGCGCCGUCUUCCUAAGUCACGGCGGCCAGUUUAUCUCUUAUCCUGACGGUGCUUUAAGCCGUCCUCCGGCCUCCUCCUCCUCCUCCUGGCUGUCUCCCCGUGGCGCCGGCGCUUGCAAGCGCAACCCGCUCCCACCCUUUUCCCCGGCCAAGGACGGCGCUUUUCUCCCAGUCCCUUUGCACCCUCGUAUUUAUUGCCGUUGUCGUUCGCUUGUUACCCAUCCGAUUCCUCAGCAGUUUCGUCCCCUUCCUAUUGUAUAACUUGAAAAUUGUUUUCUUGUAUUUUAAUCUGCAAAACCCCUCCCGGGUGGUGGUGGAGGGGAGAGCAAUUAAAGUCGCGAUUUUCCUUUUCUGGCAAUAGUUUUGCAGAAGUAGUAGCCGUUUGAAUCUAUUGCAAGGGGUUUUGGUGGCACUAAAGACUAAAAUUAUUUAUUCGGAUAUUAUUACCUUCAUUAGGUAGCCGUGACUACCAGAUGACAGUGCUGUCACACACCUUUUUGGCAAAUCUAAUUUUGUUCAUGUGUCAGUAAGCGAACAUAAUUUGUAUGCUUUAUGAUUAGCUUUAAUUCUCUGUAGGCUUCUUGUCUUCCGAAUAGUAGUAAAUGCCUUAAGAAUCAUACUGUACAGAACUGCAGUGUAGCCCUUUUUGUGUGUGAGAGCUUUACUUGGUCCAAACAGAUGCUUAAUUAGAAUAUUUUGCAUUUUCUUCAUUUGUCGCUUAUAGAAAAUUGGUGGAUUUGUUCAUGUUUUAUGUAGUGUUUGUAUCUUUGCCUUAAGUGUAGGGUUUUGCUGGCCAGUAAUAGAGGUGUAGAAAGAAUAGGAAUAUAUUAGAACUGAGCAUCUUUUCUGAACCUAAUAUUUUUCAACCAUUUUGAGCAUGAUGUAGUCCCUAACAUCUUGGUUUUAACCACAGUGAAUGAAAAUUAUGUUAUUUAUUUAUUAUUUAUUAUUUAUUAUUGCGAUUUAUAUGCCACCUUUCUCCCUGGGGACUCAAGGCGGCUUACAAAAUGACAAUUUCCAAUACAAAUCACAAUGAAAUAAAAAUUAAAAUCAGCAACCCUAUUAAAACAAUUUAAAAUUAUAACAGUGUACCCCCAAACGGAUCAGUUAAGUUGACGGAAGAUCCACGUCUUCAGCUCGCGACGGAAGGAAAGAAGGUCGGGGGCUGUCCUCGGUGGGCAAUCCAUUCCAGAGGGUCGGGGCUCCCACAGAGAACGCUCUCCUCCUGGGGGCCGUCAGCCGACAUUGUUUGGCCGACGGUACCCUGAGGAGGCCCACUCUGUGAGAGCGCACAGGACGAUGGGAGAGCGGCUGGAGAUGGUCCUGCAAGUACCCCGGGCCUAAGCCAUGUUAGACCAACAAUAUAUGAAAUUAUUUGCUGCCAGAUAGAAAAAUGAAGAUGUCCUAAGUGAAAUUGCUUCAGUUUUAGGUAUGUAAUAAUAUAGAUUAUAAUGGAGGGUGCUGAUGUUGGAUAGCAUGUUUCAGAAGAGUCUUCCUAAUACCUGGAUUAAAGGGCUAUACAGGGAUCCAUGAGCUCGCAGAAAACUAUACCACAAUAAAAUUGGCUUUCCUCUGUGGCCUAUCUUACCCUGCUACAGGCAAGAUAGCAACAAAUGCUGCUGUUCUUAAUGUGAGCUUGGUGCAGAUUUAGCCAUCUGGCAGAAUUUGCUGUGGUUUUGCACAGGUGUUUUGUGGAGGGAGUCUGGCUAUCAGCUGAUGUCAGUUGGUAAAUGGACUCAUUUGAGGCAUUGGUUUAGUGCUAUUCCAGAAGAGCACUGAACUUGUGCUCAAAAGCUGAUUAGACAGUAACAGACAAAGCAUGGGGAAAGUUGCUCUUUUUCUCUUGCUUUACUGACAGUCACCACUACUGUCAGCUCAGAGAUCUGUCAAGUAUAAGAGAAGAGUCUGAUUGUAAAGAACCAGACUCUCCUGCCCAAAGUGGAUUGGAGGACAAUGCCCAGGGCUAUAUUUGUACUACUUUCAAUGGGCCAGUUGGGUCAGUCUAAUCUACUGCCUCCCCAAGGGAUUACCUGAGUGUACCAGUUGUAUCUUCAACAAAACCUACAGUAUGUUGGGAUAAAGAGGAAACUAUUUUAAUACAAGUUAAGGACAACUCGGCUGCUUCAGGUUUAGAAACCAGAUAAAGGCAAUGCCAGAUAAAGGUUUUUGAAAAAUGUUUAUGAUAGUUUGAUGCAAAUGAAGAACAACUCUUAAAAGACAAUGUUUAUUAAAUAUUAGUAAGCAAUAGUAAGGUUUUCUAAAUUGAAGGACAGAUAAUGCUAGCUCUCUGGAAACAAAAGUUUGCAAAUAAUGUCUAAUGUUAUAAAUACUGUAUGUUUCCACCUUUAUAUUUUGAAUGACUUCUUCCUUUUCCUAUAUCAGCUAUGAUUUUGCACUGGUAUCUGUACUGUCUUAGUUCCAGUAAUAUCAUAGUUUGAAAUUUCUGUACAAACAAUAGUUAAGAGAACUUGUGCUUUUGCUUUGUUUGAUAAAUGACCAUAAUUAAAUGCAUGUAAGGAAAAGAAGAAAUUGUUCUGAAAUGAAUGUUUCUGAUUUGCGAACAGUUGUUUGCAGUCUGCAGUGGUUUGCAGUACGGUAAUUCUUAUUGUAUUGGGUUGAAGUGUUUGAAGGCAAAAACAAUCAAUAUCUGUGGUGUAUCCUCAGAACAAAAAUUCAUCAGUGUUGGAUAAAUGUUUUGUAAUCUUCUGCUUGAGGCCUGUUUGCUUAUGUUAUUCAGCCUUUUCCCCUAAUCCAUACCUUCACUAUGCAUUAUUGCUCAUACAAAGCAGCAAGUUAAAAUCCAUGGAAUGCAUAGUAUAUGUAUAUUGAAAUCAUAAUAUGGAUUUCAUCAGUCUUGACUGUUUUUUUGCCUGCUCAUUUGUUGUAGUCAUAUUUAUUGCUUCAUGCAAGAAACAUGCUCAAAAUAAUGAUAAACAUUAUCAUUGGGAACAGUUGUAAUUUAUUUUAGAAUUGAUUGAGUCUUGAUGCUCCUUACAGAAAUAAUACAUUGCAUUUAUUUUAAUUUAAUUUAGAAUGGGCUUUCAGCUUUGGGGCAAGCUAUUCUUUAAUUGUAUAUCAGGGAAUCAGGAAUUGUAUCAUGAAGGAGAGACUUCCUGUUGCCUAGGUUAAUAGUUAUUGCUUCAUUGGUACAGUUGCAGUUUUCUUCUAUACUGUUUUUGUGAGAAGAAACAGCAGACCCACUUUAGGAAAUUUAGUGGUAGUACACAUUUUGUGUAGAAGCACCUUAAAAGCUUAAAUAAAAGUUCAUUUGAAUAGCUCUUGAUUAUCUUUUAUGGUUAUUUUGCAGCAGCAUAAUGUUUAUAGAAAUGAAUGAGAUAUUCCUAUUCAGAAAAAUUGCUAAUACAUUGAAAUGACUUUCGUAUGUAGGAUUCUUUUUUCAUUCUGCAUUAACAAUGAACAAAGUUUGUUUUGUAUAGGUUAUGCCUGUAAAACUAUAUUAGGGUGCAACUGCAAGUUUUCCCCCCUGUAAAUUAUUGUUUGUUGAUUAAUUGCAGAAUGUUUGGCACUCCAGGUCUGCAGAAACUAAGUGUGAUUUACAGCCAAGCUGGAAACAGCCAGCAAAACAGCCAAAUACAACAUGGAAGACAGGUGAACUUCCUGAGAACUGAAGUGAAAGUAGACAUAGUUUCUAUGAAACCAUAAAUGACUUCUUGGCAUCUUGAUUGCCAUGACACCCAGCACAGGAUUAUGUGAAGAAUGUGGGAAUCCUCCCCUUAAAAAACUGCUGUCAGCCAUGGCUAGGGUUUGCCUAUUGUUUUGACACCAUGGGAACGUGCUGCAGUGGCCCAUGCCGAGACAGGGUUCCAGAUAACCACCCUACCAAGUUUAAGGUGACAAAUGUUGAUGAUGAGGGCAAUGAGCUGGGCUCAGGGAUUAUGGAAUUGACACAGAGGGAGCUUGUUUUGCACACUCAUAAACGUGAUGCUGUUCGGUGGCCAUACCUUUGCUUGCGUCGUUAUGGCUAUGAUUCCAACCUCUUCUCCUUUGAAAGUGGACGUCGCUGCCUGACUGGACAAGGAAUUUUUGCAUUCAAGUGCUCAAGAGCUGAAGAGAUAUUUAAUCUGCUGCAGGAUCUGAUGCAGUGUAAUAGUAUCAGUGUGGUGGAGGAACCUGUUGUCAUUACAAGAAAUGCAGCUGAACUGGAACUAUCCCGGACUCCUCAGACACCCGAUAUCCCAGGCUUUCCUAAUGGGUUCCACAACUUCUCUAUGGACCCCUCAUCUUACCCUGCAGCCUGCCAUGCCCCCAUGAGUGGUCUAAGGCAUUCUUCCCUUGGGGAGGACGCUACACAUGCUCUUAUUAUCCCUGAUGGGCAAUCCCACACCUAUGUAAACACAGCCAGUGGUGAAGAUGAUAUAAGGGGCCACCAUUGUAUGCACUCCUUACCUGAAGUUCAUCCUGCGAUUGCUCAUUCCAACCAUAGCUGCUCCCUGGAGGAUCGAAAUCCCCAGGUUUACCUUCAGCCAGGAGAAGUGAAGUUUGUUUUAGGCCCAAACCUGGGUUAUAGGCACAGGAUGAAAUGUGAUGGCUACUGUCGACCCCACUGGGAGUGCUCAAGGCAUUUCUGCACCCCUCACAACAACAACAACAACGAUUACAAAGAUGAGUGCCUCGCCCCCAAGUGUGUUUAUGAAAACCUCAACGGUCUGCUGCCUUCUCGAGGAACCUUACUUCGUCACGGUAGCGGGCGCUUGAAAAUUCCUCGUGAGGACCUGAAUCCUGCCAGUUGCUCCCAUCGCCGGACCACCCUGCUGCACUAUGAGAACCUACCGUCACUGCCUCCUGUGUGGGAGUGCCAGCCCCUAAGACGGGGCCAGGAUGAUGAGGACUCUGGUGAUGCAAUGACACCUUCCUCCACUGGUUAUCCAGAAAUUGAAGAAGAUGACCCUUUACGAAAUUACAUGAACUCAGAAAGGGUUGCCCUACAUGGAGGCAUGCGUAGAGGAGGUUGCUUGCAACGGCGCCGCAGUUGUACCCCGAGCGUUUUCAAUUUCGACUUCUGCCGGCCCUAUUUGGAGCAGCCAAGGCAGCUCAAUUAUAUCCAGGUAGAACUGCAAGAUGAUCCUUGUAAAGGGCGCCAAAGCAUACCAGUCCCCCAUGUCCCAUGUGCGGUUGCCCAUCCAGCCCACAGGACCAAUUCCUAUGCGGUCAUUGACCAUAAAAAGACAGCAGCCAUGUCCAGCUUACAGAGAGCACUGCCUAAGGAUGAUGGGACUUCCAGGAAAACACGACAUAACAGCACUGACCUGCCUCUGUAAGAAGAACAUUCAACCCAAGCACCUCAUUGUGGCUUUUGUAUCUGCUCUUCAACAAAUCAUGUUACAUAACUGCCAUUUUCCCAUUGUGCCCCCCUGUUACUCAGUGUGAGUCACUGGAAUAGUUUCAUCAAGCUAAUUUAAGAAAUGUAGCCUAUCUGUGCCUCUUCCGAGCCUCCUAUUCCUCUACCAUGUACUUUCUGAAGCCCUGCCAUGUGCUUGAUUACUUGACGGGGCUGAUGGCAGGGUGGGUAAUAGUACAGUUGGAGUGUGAAGGCUAAGGAAACUCUUGUUUAAUUUUUAUUUUUGAACAUACACAAAAUAUAUUUAUUUUCAAAUUUUGCAUUAACUUAUUUUUCAGAGAUGCUGGUAUUUGUUUGUCUGUUUGUUUAUUUAUUCAAGUUAAAGUGCCCAGUAAAUGUAACAUUGAAUUGCUUUGCAAUUAAUUCUUUUCUCCAUGAGAAUCAGAAAAGCUCUAAGAGGGGAGGAGUUGUAUCAUUUUUUAAAACAAAUACAAGGCUAGCCAUCAAAAGGCAGAACAGAGGAGGAGAUUCAGACUGUCAGAAAAAGUAACCCAUGCAAGAAUGGUUCUAAAACCAUUGUGGUCCCAGGGGUGAUUCAACAUGCUGACAAAGCUGACCUUCCUAGCUCCGAUUUCUGACUGGUGGUAUAUCUCAUAAUAUGCCUCUCUCCACCCUCAGAGUAGGAAAAACCGUGGAACUAUAAAUUUCCCUAACAAAUCCUUGGUGAAUGUUUUUAACUGUUGCUGUUUGCCUAACAGUUUGGGAUCGUCUCUAAGAAGUUAAUAUUCUGAUGUUAUGGUACUACAAUAGUUCGCUAGAAUCACAUAAAAGCUUUCCUUCUUCCAUUUUACUUUAUUGCCUCAAAUCCAACACUCUAAUAUUGUCCCAGACAUACUUCAAUAUAUCAGUGAAAUCCAGGCCAUUAUUUGCAAAUAAUUGAUUUU